GCAGUCCACCACCUCGCUGCUCGCCAUAGACGUCUCAUUUCGCGUCUGCUUGAUCUCAUUCAACGGUGUGCUGAAGUAUAGAUGGCACUUCCUGGCUUCAGGCUGGCCAGAGGCCUCCGUUUAGUACAACCACUGCGUUCCGCGACGUUCCGCGCACCAGCUCGGAGCGCUUCGACCUCGACAGUCCGUCCGGCAAAUCCUGUGCGGACAAGCCUGUAUGCUACUGUUCUACUUGUGUCUACCGGUCUUUUUGCAGUUUAUUACUUUGACUCUCGAUCGGCGAUACAUCGUUAUGUCUCCACCCCGCUGCUUAGGCAACUGUUCGACGCCGAGACCGGCCAUAAGAUUGCAGUGAAGGUUCUCAGGAGUGGGCUGGCACCGAAGGAUACUCAGCAGGACGAUGAGGCGCUGAAGUUCGAGCUCUGGGGCAGGCAAUUGUCGAAUCCUGUGGGUUUGGCUGCUGGUUUCGAUAAGAACGGAGAAGCUGUAGACGGUCUGUUCAACCUCGGAUUCAGCUGGGUUGAGAUUGGAAGCGUCACACCCAAGCCCCAGCCCGGUAAUCCGCAGCCCCGCGUGUUCCACCUCCCGGCCGACCUCGCGCUCAUCAACCGCUACGGCUUCCCCUCGGACGGACACACAAUGGUGCUCAACCGCCUGCAGGACCGUCUCCCGCUGUUCCACGAGUACGACGGAGACGUGCCGGCAUCGCUUCGUCACGGCGCGCUGCUUGCCGUGAACCUCGGCAAGAACAAGUCUUCACCGCCAGAUUCGAUCAAGGACUUCGUUACUGGCGUGCACGCGUUCGCGCCGUACGCGGACGUGCUUGUCGUCAACGUGUCAAGUCCAAAUACUCCCGGUCUGAGGGGCAUGCAAAGCCGAACUCUGCUACAGGAGCUGCUGGCAGGAGUCGCGCAGGCUCGCGACGAAGUGGCGACAUCGUACACACCGACACGGAAGCCCAAGAUCUUGCUGAAAAUCGCUCCUGAUCUCACGACCGAGGAGGUUGCCGAUAUCGCAGCUGCGGUGCGCAAGAGCGGCGUCGACGGCGUCAUCGUGAGCAACACCACAGUGCAGCGACCGUCCUCGCUACACGAUGCGAACCGCGUUGAGACCGGUGGACUGUCCGGGCUGCCGCUGAAACCGUACACACUCGCGACGCUUUGCGCGCUGCGACCACUGCUGCCUGCAUCGGUGCCUAUCUUUGGGUGUGGCGGGAUCAACACAGGCGCGGACGCCCUCGAGUACGCACGCGAGGGCUGCACGGCAGUGCAGCUGUACACGGGCUUCGGGUACGACGGCGUCGGUGCGCCGCGGCGCAUCAAGGACGAGCUCGCGGCGCUCCUGAAAGCUGAAGGCACGACGUGGUCCGCGGUCGUUCGCAAGGCCGUUGAGGAGAAAAGCUGGAAGGAGCCGCCGCUGCCGGAACCUGUUCGUCCGGAGGAAGUUACGGUGCAGCAGCUCGUCGCAGAAGCGGAGGAGCUGAAGAAGCUCUUGGAUGAGUUUGCGAAUGAGGAGAAGAGGGGCCCAGGUAGCGAGGAAAUGUCGUUGAUGACUAGUGCAUGAGUAAAACAUCUCGAUGAAAGCUGGAUAUUUUAAAUGUUAGUCUUUCGGGAGCGCAACACAAACUCGUGCGCCGUCCUGUUAUUCUUUGCAGCAUUUCUGCUUCCGCUCAUUCAUUCAUGUCGACGGUGCAAAGGCCACGUCCAAUAUUCAAAU